UCUAAACUGUAGAGGGCGCUCUUGUCAAAAACCCAACGGGGAGUCGAGUCGCGCUCGCAUGCAUGUGCUUCGCACUGACUGCCAAGACUGUACUCACUUCGUCCUGUGCUGUUUGAUGAAACCACUUGUUGUAGAAUGGCUUUAGUUCUGUAUCAGUGUACUUCAAAGCUGGUUAGUCAUCCAUUGCUUCAAACAGCUCGACUAUUCCAAACUGCUGUCCCAGUUGCAGCCGGACGAGCCUGGAGAGAGAGUCAAGGGCAUGCACGUACUGGUACUGAAUAUGGUCCUCUGACAGAUCUACCCGACUGGUCAUUUGCUGAUGGUCGUCCAGCACCUGAUAACAGGUCAAUCAUUGACAGACGAGAAACCCAAAGGAAAAUUGCGGAGAGAGUAAACAUGUUGGCAAAAGAGAUGAUGGCUGCUGUCGAAAAUACUAAAAACAAAGAGAUAAAGGAAAAACAAGAACAUGAGUUAAGAGAAUCUAAGAAGCUUAAAGCUAAAGGAAUCAAAUGGAAAUCAUCCAAUAGAUAGAGGAAGAGAAUUUUUAAUAAGAGAUUGUAUUGAUACAAUACUUAACAGAGCUGUUAUGUAUCUACUGUACUAUUGAAUAAAAAAAAAAUAGAAAUUUUG